CUAGAUUCCACUCCCUCCCUCCUCCUCGACCUCCCUCUCCUCCUUUUCCUCCUCUCUCUCUCCCUUGCUGCGCCGCCGCCACCUCUCCUCCUUUUCCUCCUCUCUCUCCCUUGCUGCGCCGCUGGCUCUCCUCCUCUCUCUCUCCCGUGCCGCCCCACUCCUCCUUCUCCCCAUGCUAGCCCCUCCACCUGCCAUCUGCAGCGCCAUAGGGGCGGUCAGAUCGUUGGGGUGAGCAGGCGGCCAUCUCUGGUGUGUCCUAUGGAGGAGCGGGGGUGGGUGAGGAUGAUGGUGAUGGCGACCAGAGGCCCAUGGCAGUGGGAUGGAGGAAAGAUGCAGAAGGCCGGCAAUAGGCGAGCCAUGAGCCAAGGGACGGCGUUCCUUCUCUGCUGAGGAUUUGGGGAUUGCUCAGGUUUGGAGCAGCAAACCAUGAAGAUAUGGGGUUGCACGGGAAGCCACCAUGAUUCGAGUUUGAAUUGUCCCUGCAGCGGAUUGGGGUGGAUAUGCUCGGCACCGGUGCACCACCCAGCAUCCCUAGGCAGCAAAAGGAUGAUGGGGAGACCAAGCGAAGUAUUCAUGAUGCUCUGUGUGUUGCAAGGAAUCUGAUCAUCAACAACUCAAUUGUGUAUGGUGGUGGCUAAGCAGAAAUAUCUUGCUCAAUCGUUGUUGAAGCUGCAGCGGAUCGACAUCCUGAAGUUGAGCAGUACGCAAUCAGGGUGUUUCCUGAUGCUUUGGAUGCUAUUUCCACUAGCUUUACCUGAAAACAGUGGUGGCGCUGGUCGGUCGUCGCCUCUCCACCGGCUAUUGUUUGGCGGCGUCAAGCAGAACGCUGAGGAUGCGCCGCUCUGUCUCAGGGCUCAACGCCCUCUUGGACGCAGAGGUUGGCAGGUUCUCGCUCUUCACCGGGGCUCCGGCGGUCGUGCUUGGUGUGGCAGCGCUGGACAGCGGCAAGAAGGAAGAGCAUGGGCGGCCCGCGAUGCCAGGCCCCUGGCCCUCCUCCCUCAAGCUCAAGGCGGCGAUGAGAUGGUUGGAAUGGUGCUGCUGCUCCGUAGGGAAUCAGGUUUUAUGCUCGGUGGGGAUGUUGUUUGUCUACUUUUAUCUUAUGCAAAAUAAGGUUGGGAUUAUAUUAUGGGGCAAUUUGUUUUUGUAGGUUCAGCAAUCAGUUUUUGGGAUAAUCAGUUUUUUUGUGGCAUAACUAAUUGUGAACUGUAUCAGUGUAGAUUUAGUUUUUCCUGAGUUUUGUGUAGCCUGUCAUCUUUGCUUUUCUGUGUUUUCUCCAUUUUAUUUUCAGUUUUGCUGCCAGAUAGGCAAUGAGUCAGUAGAUCAUGUUUUCACCUUGUUUUAUUCAGGCAUAUUUUAGU